GCUUCCUCCUUUCUCUUCAGCCAUUCUUGUUCUUGGCUAUCUAUCUUCUCCCCUCUUCUCUCUCCUUCUCUCUCUUACUCUUAAUUUGGUGCUUCUUAAUUUCUCAGAAGAGACUUUGCAAGCUUGUGACUUGUUCUCCCAAUUCGAUUGCAAACUUGAUCAACAUCUUGUUCUUGGAAGGAAGGUAUUAGCUUCUAAGAAAGCGCAAUUGUUGUGGUUUAUGCACACCAUUGGCAGCGAGUCUCUGCUGUUUGGGUUGUCCAAAACCAUCUCGUCGGCGCAGAAGCCAUGUCCACGCGCGGGAGCGGUAGUCUUAGCCCUGCUGCCGGUGCGUCUGCGGCGGCGCCGGAGGUGGAAGGCCACUGGGCCCCGCACGGCGCGGUGCUGACGGCCUGCGUCGUGGGCUCCAACGUGCUCGUGAUCCUGCUCGUCUUCGGUUUCUUCUGGCGGUUCUUCUCUGGGAAAGGGGGGCCGUCCACGUCACACGGCGCCGACGACGAUGACGAGGAGGACUCACUGCCCGUGGCGUCCCCAUGGGCGUCCCGCUACCGGUUCGAGGGCCACGGCGCACGGUCGACGCCGAUGGAAGACGUGGUGUCGUCCCUGCCCGUGUCCGUGUACUCCAGCGCCGGCGCCGAGGAAGGAAGGAAGGCCCGGCCCGAGUGCGCUGUGUGCAUCGUGGAGCUGCGCGAUGGCGACUCGGUGCGCGUCCUCCCGCGGUGCGGGCACCGGUUCCACGCCAACUGCGUGGGCGCGUGGCUGCGGCGCCGCACCACGUGCCCACUCUGCCGCGGCAGAGUCGUGCCCCCCGCCGCCGCGGCCCUUGCUGACAAGUCCAGGGACGCCAAGGACGACGUCGCCGUCGCCGCGGAUUGUCCCGUGUGAUGCGGCGGCGCUCCGGCCGACUCCGAGGACAGUAUCGCUCGCUCGAACUGUAAGUCUGUAACUGGCAGUGAUGCUGCAUGGUGGGCAAGCAAGCGGUGGACCACGACACGACACCACGCACACAUGGCGGAUGGUGACAGCCAUCUUCUUCCAGGGUCGGCGUCCGUACUCCGUAGCCAUGUCGCAUAGCUAUAGCUCCAGCCUCCAGAUGACCAGCUAGAAAAGGUUGGUGAGACGAUUGAUUCCUUCGUCCUGUUAUUUAUAUUUCUUGCUUCUUUUCUGGUUUUGGGAUUUAGAUAUAUUGCGAGUCGUGGUAUAUAUAUGUGUGUCUUGAAUUGAUCGAGUCUUCCGUCAUGUGUAGUAUGCAUGUGAGAUCUGCAUGAUUAAUUACUCGUGGUACUUUUAGUCGUA